GAAGAUCAAAAGUGAUGGGGUUAGUUUUAAGUGGGCUUGUUACGCCAAUCUCUCUCUUUUCCUCACUUUCCUCACAUUCUCUCACACACAGCACCACACCGUUCUCCAAAGAAGCCACAACUUGGCGACCAUUUUUUGAUCUUUCGGCCAAAUAGUGAACUUGUUGAAAGGUAAUAUUUUUACCGAACCAGCUUGUUUCUACGCCCCAGGUAAUCAAGUCCUACAAACUAUUUAGUUCUUUGACUAAGAGUGUUGGUGACGAAGCCAAGUGUAGAGGGAAAAGCUUCUUCAGCAAUCAACAAUGGCUGAUGAAGAUUACAACGAUUUGGACAUGGGAUAUGAGGAUGAGCCCCCAGAGCCCGAGAUCGAGGAAGGUGCAGAGGAGGAUUUAGAGAACAAUGCCAAUGAAGAUGCUCCGGUAGAGAUUGAAGGUGAGGAGAGAGAAGAGCAGGAACCAGUUGAACAUCCUCGUAAGACCUCAAAGUACAUGACAAAAUAUGAGCGUGCCAGAAUAUUGGGUACCCGUGCUCUGCAGAUCAGUAUGAACGCACCUGUGAUGGUUGAGUUGGAGGGUGAAACUGACCCACUUGAGAUUGCAAUGAAGGAGCUUCGUGAGCGGAAAAUACCUUUCACCAUCCGCCGCUACUUGCCAGAUGGAAGUUAUGAAGACUGGGGAGUUGAUGAACUGAUUGUGGAAGACUCAUGGAAGAGGCAAGUGGGUGGCGAUUGAUCAGUCAUUAAUUGGACUAAGGGAGUUCUGAAUGAUGUGAAUUCAAAGUUUGUAGCUCCCUAUUUUUGGACCCCCACCCAAAAAAAAAAAAAAAAAAAAAAAAAAAAAAAAAAAAAAAUUACUGGUUUAACUUCAGACUACUGAUCCUAAGUGCGUUAAUCUCGUACGUAACUCACAUUUAGUAGUGAUGUAGUUAUUAUUAUUAUUAUUUAUUUUUAAUUAUAUGCC